CUUCAGUGGUUUUGCUGCACUGACACUGAGCGGGCUGGUUAGUGAAUAGUCCAACUCAGACAGAGCGGGCCUGCAAUAUAUUUUUAUACACCGUGACAACCGUUACAAUGUCGGAUUUCGAGGAAUUUGAGAAACAGCUGAGCGAAAAUCGACAGGAGAGAGAAAGAGAAAAGCACAAAAAAAGGAGCCGCAGUGGCUCUACCGGCCGAGGUGAUAAGCAUCGCAGCUGGAGCAAAGACAGAGGGAGUCGCAGCCGAGAGAAGAGGAGCCGGAGCCGAGAGCGCAAGAGCCGCGAUCGCCGGAGCUCGUCCCGGGACCACAAGAAGCACAGCCACUCCCCAAGGAGAACCAGGAAGAAAAGGACCUGCAAAUAUUGGGACGUGCCUCCUCCUGGCUUUGAACACAUCACACCAAUGCAAUAUAAAGCUAUGCAAGCGGCCGGGCAGAUACCAACUAUCGCUCUACUGGCGACGUCCACCUGCAGCGGCUUGGCUGUAGCUCCAACGCAAGUGCCCAUCGUUGGCAGCCAGAUGACGAGACAGGCCAGACGCCUCUAUGUAGGAAAUAUUCCGUUUGGAAUAACUGAGGAGUCCAUGGCCGAGUUCUUCAACGCUCAGAUGAGACUGGCCGGCCUCUCACAAGCCCCGACCAACCCGGUCCUGGCUGUGCAGAUCAAUCAGGAUAAAAACUUCGCUUUCCUAGAGUUCCGGUCUGUAGAUGAGACGACACAGGCGAUGGCUUUCGAUGGGAUCAUUUUUCAGGGUCAAUCACUGAAGAUCAGACGACCUCAUGACUACCGGCCUCUACCUGGAAUCUCAGAGCAGCCGGCUUUCCACGUCCCAGGCGUUGUCUCCACAGUGGUGCCCGACUCUCCCCACAAACUGUUUAUAGGAGGCCUGCCCAACUACCUUAACGAUGAUCAGCUAGGGGCCUGUAAGAUCGUUAAGUCUGCGCUCAUAAUUUGUUCAGUAGUUCUCAUCUACUGCUGCCAUGCCACAUGUAACACAAGGCAAGUGAAGGAGCUCCUGACAUCGUUCGGGCCUCUCAAAGCGUUCAAUCUGGUGAAGGACAGCGCCACAUCGCUGUCUAAGGGUUACGCCUUUUGCGAAUAUGUCGAUAUCAGCGCUACUGAUCAGGCAGUUGCUGGGCUCAAUGGGAUGCAACUGGGAGACAAAAAGCUGAUCGUCCAAAGAGCGAGUGUGGGAGCUAAAAACGCAAAUCCUACCUCCAUCAUCGAGACCCCGGUGACGCUGCAGGUCCCCGGGCUGCAGAGGCUGCAGAACUCUGGCCUGCCCACGGAGGUGCUGUGCCUUCUCAACAUGGUGAUGCCUGAGGAGCUGGUGGACGACGACGACUACGAGGAGAUCCUGGAAGACAUCCGCGAAGAGUGCUGCAAGUACGGCAGCGUGCGCUCCAUCGAGAUCCCCAGACCAGUCGAUGGGGUGGAGGUUCCUGGCUGUGGAAAGAUCUUUGUGGAGUAUGUUUCUGCUGCAGACUGUCAGAAAGCCAUGCAAGCCCUCACCGGCCGCAAGUUUGCCAACAGAGUGGUAGUUACCAAAUACUACGAUCCGGACAUGUAUCACAGACACGAGUUCUGAAAGCACAGGAGAGUCCUCCUGUCUGUUUGUGAAAGGAGAAUUCUGUUCGGGCGGUUUCUUUACCGAAGAAAAUACUUAUUUUAUUAGAUCUUCUACUUAACAACUGGACUGCAGAGUGUAUUUCUUCACCGAAUAUCUAACUCCUAGCUUUAGCUUCAACACCCAUACAGAACUGAACUGAGUGAAUUAAAAAAAUACUGCAGUCUCUAGAGAUGUCACGAUGCCAGAUAUUUUGUAGUAGAUAACAAUACCAAUGAAAUUCCACAAUUCUCAAUACUAAUAUGUUACAAAAGUCUAAAACUAAAUAAAAACAUAUGAUUUACUUUAACAUAAACUCCUUUAUCCCCGUUUUCAUACAGAUUUUAAAAGUAACUCAUAAUUCCCUCUCUAAUAUAUGUUUGAUAUUGCUGUAAAACUAUAUUUCUUCAAUUUUUUCAUCCAAAUGAACAUUUUACUUUUUUUGAACGCAACAUAAACACCUUCAUUGGACUCCUUUGUUUCCUUCCGUUACAUAGUGACACAUCUAUGUAUCACUGACACGCUUAUAUUGGCUAGCAUACUAUAUGUCACAUUUGACACAUUGACACAUCACCAUGUGGUUGACCAAUCAGAACAGCUGGCCAUCUAACCAAUCAGAGCAGACUGGGCUCUGGUUUCAGACAGAGGGUGAAAAGAGGUGCUGCAGCAUAGACAGUAUGAGAACAAUAAAGAGCUUUUUGAACAUUAAAGCAUGGAGACAUGUCCCAGUAGAGGCUCUAAAUACAAAUAUGAAAAACAACAUUUUGAAAGAUCUUUUCUGAAAAUUCCGAUAUGAGUUACCUUCGCUGAUUUAUAUUAUAUACAGUGGGGCAAAAAAGUAUUUAGUCA